ACUGUCGGCGGCGCCCGGAAAACAAGCCGGUGCGCGGGGGACCCGGGGCCGGGGCCGCCUCGCUCCGGCCUAGCCCCGCGGCCCUCAGUGGGGUCCCGGGGUAUGCUUGGGACCCCCCGCUGCUCCAGCACAGACGCCCGGGCCUCAGGUCUCUGCCCCCGCGCGGGGCCCGGGCCGUGUGGCCGGAGGGAGAGGCCGGAUGGAGCGGAGGAUGAAAGGCGGAUACUUGGACCAGCAAGUGCCCUACACCUUCUGCAGCAAAUCUCCCGGAAAUGGGAGCUUGCGCGAAGCGCUGAUGGUCCCGCAGGGGAAGCUCAUGGACCCGGGCUCCCUGCCGCCCCCCGACUCCGAAGAUCUAUUCCAGGAUCUAAGUCACUUCCAGGAGACGUGGCUUGCUGAAGCUCAGGUACCAGACAGUGAUGAGCAGUUUGUUCCUGAUUUCCAUUCAGAAAACUUAGCUUUCCACAGCCCCACGGCCAGGAUCAAGAAGGAACCCCAGAGUCCCCGCACAGAGCGGGCCCUGCCCUGCAGCAGGAAGCCGUCCCUCUCCUACCACCAUGGCGAGCAGUGCCUUUAUUCCAGUGCCUAUGACCCCCCUAGACAAAUCGCCAUCAAGUCCCCCGCCCCUGGUGCCCCCGGACAGUCGCCCCUGCAACCCUUUCCCCGGGCAGAACAACGGAGUUUCCUGAGAUCCUCUGGCACCUCCCAGCCCCACCCUGGCCAUGGGUACCUCGGGGAGCAUAGCUCUGUCUUCCAGCAGCCCCUGGAUAUCUGCCACUCCUUCACACCCUCUCAGGGAGGGGGCCGGGAACCUCUCCCAGCCCCCUACCAACACCAGCUGUCGGAGCCCUGCCCACCUUACCCCCAGCAGAGCUUCAAGCAGGAAUACCUUGACCCCCUGUAUGAACAGGCCGGCCAGCCGGGCCAUCUGGCAGUGGGCCAGGGUGGAGUCAAUGGGCACAGGUACCCAGGGGCGGGGGUAGUGAUCAAACAGGAACAGAUGGACUUCUCCUACGACUCAGGAAACAGCUGCUCCCUGGAAUCCUGGGCCUUGUGGAGCAGCUUUGCCCAGCCCCAGCUGCUGCCAUCCAGGCCCUCUGACCCCGCCCUCAAGUUGAAGGCUUCCGGCUUCUCACUCCCUCUGGGGGAAGUUCCCCUAGGAUUUGGUGAUGUCUCUGGGUAUGCUUCAAUGUACCUUCACGCAGAGGGUUUCUCCGGGCCCUCUCCAGGUGACGGGACCAUGGGCUAUGGCUAUGAGAAACCUCUGCGACCAUUCCCAGAUGAUGUCUGCGUCGUCCCUGAGAAAUUUGAAGGAGACAUCAAGCAGGAAGGGGUGGGAGCCUUCAGAGAGGGACCGCCCUACCAGCGCCGGGGUGCCUUGCAGCUGUGGCAGUUUCUGGUGGCCCUGCUGGAUGACCCGACAAAUGCCCACUUCAUUGCCUGGACCGGCCGGGGGAUGGAGUUCAAACUAAUUGAGCCUGAGGAGGUCGCCAGGCUCUGGGGCAUCCAGAAGAACCGGCCAGCCAUGAAUUACGACAAACUGAGCCGCUCACUCCGAUACUACUACGAGAAAGGCAUCAUGCAGAAGGUGGCUGGCGAGCGUUACGUGUAUAAGUUUGUGUGCGAGCCCGAGGCCCUCUUCUCUCUGGCCUUCCCGGACAAUCAGCGUCCAACUCUCAAGGCUGAGUUUGACCGGCCUGUCAGUGAGGAGGACACAGUCCCUUUGUCCCACUUGGACGAGAGCCCCGCCUACCUCCCAGAGCUGGCUGGCCCUGCCCAGCCCUUUGGCCCCAAGGGUGGCUACUCUUACUAGCCCCUAGCAGCUGCUCCCCUGCUGCCGGGGGUGCUGCCCUGUGUACAUAGAGAUAAAUUUGGUGUCAGGGAAACUCCCGCUCUGAAACCCACAGAUGUCUUUGGAGCAGACCCCCUCUGCCCAUCAGUCACUCCAGCCCAGACUCUGAGCUGCUCCCCAGGGUUGACGGGAAGGGAAAGUGGAGACACUGCGAGUGUGAAGGUGGCGUCUCGGAAACUCCUCCGGGGACUCCACCUCUGGCCUCUUCCUAGGUCCUGCUUAGAGGCCAAGCCCCACUCCCUCUCCCCCAUCACAGAGAACAAGAGCUUGUUCUGUUCUGGGGGACAGAGAAGGAGCUUCCCCACUUCAGCCUGGUGGAGAGGGAGACAUUGAGCUCCCCUGAUCCCCCAUGCUGGGGAGACAGCGGCCUGCAGCCUGCACUCCGCUCCAAGCUGUGGCCCUGGAGGGUCCUACUUGGCAGUUCUUGGUGCUCUUUGUUCGUAGAGUCAGGGGGAGGCUGGAGUGAGGAACCUGGGAUGGGGGAGGGCUUGCCAGGUGGAGGAGGGACGGCUGGGCUCGGCUCCCAGGGCCCUCUGCGUCUCUUCUGCGUUUUCCUAGGCCCAGGCCUGGGCUUUCACCUCCAUCUCCACUACACCUGCCAGACCCUAAUAAAGGCCCUGCGUCUCCUGUGA